UUCCUCACGGCAUCGUCACAUUUCAUCAUGAAAAUUCCACUGAUUCUGAGAUUGAUUCAACUUUUAGGCUAUUUUCCUAUUCCACUGUCCCCUCCUUCUACCUUUUCCCCAUCUCAGAUUGAGAUAAAGGACGACUCAUCAUCUUCAUCGCCAAUUUUAGCAAAGAUUAAAUCAAAACUACCCCAAAGAAUCGUCUCACAAUCGUUCUUGAUUCUACUCGGCACAUUUUACUCGUUCGUUUUGCUUGCCGUCGUUGUAACUUUCUUCUUGGAGUUCAAUUACUGGCUAAAAAAUGUGCCCGGAUUUUGGGCAAAGGGUCGCGGAAUAUUCUUUUCUGCCGUGAUAUUGAAAGCAUUAUCUCACAUUUUGUGCAGUGUCGUUGUAAAGCUUGGCAUGAUUUAUCGACGAGGCAGGCUGAAACUGUUUUACAACAACUUUCUCUCCAUGAUUGACUCGGUCGGGGAAAUGACUGGGAGCGGGUGUGACGAGGAAGGCUUGCAGUCGAACCGAUAUCAGAAACGGUUAUCCAUCAAGGCGUAUUUAUUUCUGGUGUUAAUCACUGCAUGGAGUUUCGAAUUGUUCGCCGACUUUCACUUUCAGAGCACGGCCGUCCUCAGUUACACUUUCGCUUAUGUGACCCCACCAAUAAUGGGAUAUUACCACUCCCUCUUUCCAUUCCUUGUCGCUUUCUUCCUAAACUGGUAUCUAGAAAGUUUGAAAAGGAUUCGUACAGUGGUGGCGAAUAAGUUGAGGUACAUGGAAACCAUAAAAAUUGAGAAAUUUUCAAAAAGAGAAAAUUCAAAGGGUGCAUCUUCUUGGUACUUGGUCCAUAAUAAUAACUUAAACUUGCACCGUAUACCCAAUGACACGGAGAUCUUGUCCAGUCUUUACAAUCUCGUGAGGCAGCAAAGUCUCCAGUUUAACCGAAUAUUUGGAUUCUGGAUAACUCUCGACAUGGCGCAUAGUUUGUUGCGAAUCGUUUUCUCGGCAUAUUUUAUUGUGUCGUUGAUGUGUCUACAAGUCUACAAUUUGCGCUCCAUUGUCCAGAACAUCAUGACGGUGAUUGUUUACUUUUACCUUUUGUACAUGGUGUGUAAGAAGGGAUCGGAUAUUGCGGGAGAAAGUGAGAAAGUUGUUGACGUGCUGGAAUCCUUAAUAUCUUUGGAGAAGGGACAGGAAAUUCAUGGACGACUUAAACCCAUUAAGAUUGAAACCAAUUUCUUCAAUGUGGACCUCAAGAUUAUUACCCCAAUUCUAGGAACAGUGACGACUUAUCUGCUCGUCUUGAUACAAUUUCAGAAGGGCGAUCGUAAAAAUGUGAACGUUGGAGAAGAAUGAAAUAUUUUCAAUAACUGUGACCUGAGUUGAUAUAUUUUAAUAAUUAUAAUUAUUAUGCAUGCAUUGCAGUUUUAAAUAAA